GGGGGGGGGGGGGGAGGGAACGAGAGAUCCCUCUAUCCUCCCAGGUGCUGCACUGGAGACGACUAAUAUUUCCACAUCGCUUAUUUCUUGGUUUGCAAGCCAGAGGAUCAGCAAUAUCUUUCCCGGAGGUGUAUCCAAGUUAACCUGAAGACUUUUGUGGGGAGGGGGGGGUGGGUGGGGAGGGAGGGGGGAGUGAGAGAGAGAGAGACUCACAGAGAAAGAGAGAGCUGGUCAUCUGCAUAAGGCACUUUGAGGGAUCUUGAUCUGGCUUUGGACUGUGUGUUUUUGCCUGGUACUGGCCUUUUCCAGACUCUAACAGAAGCUGCUACAGAGAGACAGAGGCCGAUGGCGCAAAGGUAUGACGAAAUCUCACAUUACGGGGGUAUGGACGGAGUCGGGAUACCGACAACAAUGUACGGUGACCCUCACGCCCCCAGGUCUCUCCAACCUGUGCACCAUCUAAACCACGGGCCAUCGCUACACAGCCACCAAUAUCCGCACACUAACCACGCUAAUACCAUACCACCGAACAUGGGCUCCUCGGUAAACGAUGCAUUGAAGAGAGAUAAGGACUCGAUUUACGGACAUCCGCUGUUCCCACUUCUAGCACUGAUUUUUGAGAAAUGUGAAUUAGCAACUUGUACUCCUCGCGAACCGGGGGUAGCUGGUGGUGAUGUCUGUUCGUCAGAAUCUUUCAAUGAAGACAUAGCAGUUUUCGCUAAGCAGGUCCGAGCAGAAAAACCUCUAUUUUCCUCCAAUCCUGAGCUGGAUAAUUUGAUGAUUCAAGCCAUACAAGUGUUAAGGUUUCACCUUUUGGAGUUAGAGAAGGUGCACGAAUUGUGUGACAAUUUUUGCCACCGGUACAUCAGCUGCUUGAAAGGAAAAAUGCCCAUUGACCUAGUUAUUGAUGAGAGAGAAGGCGGUUCCAAAUCGGACAACGAGGAGAUCACUAGGUCGUCGUCAGUUAAUAUCACAGAUCAGACCUGGAACAGGGAUCACGAUGACACUGCAUCGACACAUUCGGGCGGUACACCUGGGCCCUCCAGUGGGGGCCACACGUCACACAGUGGCGAUAACAGCAGCGAACCAGGUGACGGCUUGGACAACAGUGUAGCUUCACCAAGCACGGGAGAUGAUGACGAUCCUGACAAGGAUAAAAAACGUCAGAAAAAGCGAGGGAUCUUCCCAAAGGUAGCCACAAACAUCAUGCGAGCAUGGUUGUUCCAACACCUAACACAUCAGGAAUGGCUUGACAAUUAUUUAGUGUUACAUUUCCUGCACUCUUGUGAGAAAGAGCUGAUUGGAGGCAAUACUGGGCAUUUCCCAGCAAGUGGAAGAAGGUUCAUAAAUGCCAGGAGAAGGAUAGUCCAGCCCAUGAUUGACCAAUCUAAUCGAGCAGGCAAGUCCCCAAUAGUAACUGUAUUCAAGUCGCACAGGCGAAAAUCAUCCUCAAGCCAUUCACUGGGAGAGCCAUUACCUGUGAGCCAAGGUGCACCCUACAACCCAGAUGGUCAGCCAAUGGGAGGCUUUGUGAUGGAUGGACAACAGCAUAUGGGUAUCCGACCCCCUGGUUUGCAAGGUAUGCCAGGAGAUUAUGUAUCACAGGGUGGUGCAAUGGGUAUGAGCAUGGGACAGCCAAGUUACACCCCUCCCCAGAUGCCCCCUCACCCUGCCCAAUUACGACACGGACCUCCCAUGCAUUCGUACAUUCCUGGACACCCCCACCACCCAGCAAUGAUGUUGCAUGGAGGACCACCACCCCAUCCUGGGAUGUCAAUGUCAGCAUCUAGCCCCACAAUGCUCAACCCCGGUGACCCAACAAUGGGAGGACAAGUCAUGGACAUCCAUGCUCAAUAGCUGAAGGGAAAUAGCAUCCACCCAUGGUGACCUGAGAUCAGACACUGAUUAGAAAGCAGUGAGACGGGAUCUAUGUUCUUCACGUCAGUUGUGGACCAACCUGAACCAACAUCUUUCACAGGAAUCCUGAAAUCAGGAAAACGUCUUGCGAGCAUCAAUUCCUGGGGACAUGAAAUUCUGUUAAAUGCUAUUGUAGAAUCACAUAGGAUGAUGAGAGAGAGAGAGAGAGAGAGAAGACUUCUAAUUAUAACUUGUACAUGGUAUUGUACUGUCCCUAUAAUAUGGUGUUUCUUAUAGAUUAAAAAAUAACUAUGUGAACUUUCUUCCACACUAUGUGUGUUGUUUCCAAGGCCCCGAACCUCCUCCAAGAGCCUCCUUAGUGCAAAAGCAGCCUUACAAUUGCCCGACAAAUGACUGAGAACUGUUAUUGUCAGGAUUUUUUCACACAUACACACACACAACGUUAAGUAUAUAGGGCAGAAGACUGCCAUCCCAGAAUUCCAGCCAGGCAGUCUCUCGCCUAGGGCUUGCAUUUGCAUGUCCAAUUCAUUUACUCACCAUAUUUGAACUGACCUGAACAGAUGUAAAUCGGGUAGGAAGGGAAAGCUGCAGCUAUCAACAGGGAUCAAUCAGCUGUUACACACAGUGUGUUAAGGAGAGUGGGGUAGCAGGAAUCUUGGGAGAGAGGCCGUUCCAACAACGCUGGGUCCAUCACAUUCUGUGGGAUGCAAUUAAAAACCAUCCAGGACCGGUUGAAGAGGUUUUUUUUUCUCUGUCUCUGCGAGUAUGUUUACACCAUUCUUUCGAUUUUGUUAUUCUGUCCCUUUUUUUAAGCAACAACAAAAGAACAUCCGCAACAUCGUCCUGCGUGUAAUUCCUUUUAAGGUGAUCAAACCGGGAGAAUUUAUGUAUACCUUGUAAAUAGAAAACGAUUCUCUUUUUUUUGGUGCAAAAAAAACGAGAGAAAAAAAAAGGACUGGAAAUAAUUAAAUGUAUUAUUGCAUUUUUUUUUGUAAAAGUAGCAGUUUGGUAUGAGUUGGCAUGCAUAAGAUUUACUAAGUGGGAUGAGCUAACGCCUUUCAUCGUUGUUUGAACAGAUGCUUGUGGAUAGCAGUUUUGUUUUCGCUAUCGGAGGAAACAAGGGGCGAGUGAAAAUCGCACACAGUCUUAUUCUGGUAGAAACGGUUCGGAUUGUAAAAUAACGGAGUCAGUUGUAGUAGUUUUCCUUAAACUGUGUGCGGUCAUGAAAUCUGAAUAUAAAAUAAAAAUUAUUUUUGCCAUGCUGA